UGCGAAGAUCCACUUUAACGGUGCAUAUUACUGAUACAGUGUGACAGAAUCAAACCACUACUUGCACGUUUAUCAGACUCUGCUUCUCUUGACAAUUACUCAUUCCUUGUUCUUCUCCAAACCAGAGAAACAUACACUUUUUUUUUUAUCUCAAUCUUUUUUCGCUUCUAUUUUCUACUUUUCAUUCCCAAUAUCUGAAUCUCUCAGUGUCACACACCACACAAGUCACAAAGGUUGGAAGAAAAUCUAUGGCUACUACCAGUAAGUUUGCAACCAUGCUGCAUAGAAACACCAACAAGAUGGUGGUGAUUCUAGUUUAUGCAGUGCUUGAAUGGGUCUUGAUUGCACUCCUUCUUCUAAACUCUUUGUUCAGUUAUCUCAUCACAAAGUUUGCCAAAUGGGUUGGCCUUCAACCACCGUGUGUUUGGUGUUCAAGGGUUGAUCACGUGCUGCAGCAAGAAAAUGGCGCCCACGUGCGCAAGGAUCUCGUGUGUGAGGCUCAUGCAGCUGAGAUUUCCAAGCUUGGUUACUGCUCAAAUCAUCAAAGACUAGCGGAAACGAACAGCAUGUGUGAGGAUUGUUUGGCCUCUCGGCCAAACUAUCAUGAAAAUUCCUUUCGAAUGAGGCACAGAAUCGCUUUCAUUUCGUGGGUGAGUAGUGGUCAAGGCAAACAUGAAAGUGGAGAAAGCUUGAUAAGAAGGUGUUCUUGCUGCAAUGAGAGCUUGAGCAGCGAGCUUUACCCUCCUUAUUUGCUGUUGAAGCCUUCAUGGGGCGAUGAGAAAUACACGAGCAAAGGGUCCCUGAUUGUGGAAGAGGCAAUAGAUGAUGAAAAAAGUGAUAAAGACCUCGACUUUGAGAGAAACAACGAGGUGGGUCAUGAUGAUGAAGGGGUGGCAGAUGAACAUCAGAUACUUUCUGAUAUCGAGAGUUUUAUCCUCAGAGAGGUUGCUGAGGAUCGUUCGAGUUCUGUUUCAAACUUGCACUCGGAUGAAAAGGAUGCGGAAAAAGAUGAGAAGGAAGAUGAUCUCACCAUCACUGAGCUGGAUCCAAGUGGUGAUGACAAUUUUGCUUCUCAAUUCUCUUCCACUGUGCAGGGUUCAGUCUGGGAAGAUACAUCACUUGAACUCAUCAAUCUGCAUUUUGAGAAUUAUAUGGCUUGUGAUAGCCACCGCUUGGUGCCUGUCAAGUUAAUAGACUCUGUUACCUCUUUGAAUUUUGAAACAUGCAAACUGAAGGAGGAUUUGGGGGAGAGGGAACAAAAGACUCAGACUCAGACCUUUGUUGAUGAUUCACCAGUUGAAGCACAAUCAAGUAUCUUAGAAAGGGAAGGAUUACUCACAUUGGAUGAGAUUAAUGCAGAGGAAAAAAGUGUGAGAGAAGUUGAAAGCUUGGAAAAUUCUGUAACUUGGGAAUUUGAAGGGUUGAAAUUGAAACCAAAUUCAGAGAUUACCACUACAGAAGCUCAGACUUCGCUGAAUAAUGACAACAGUGUUGCAGCAGCUACUGAAGAACUAGAUGAUACACAAGUCGAUCUGCCUCGAUCUCAAGAACCAGUCUGCUCUAGUGACUGCACACAAGAAGAUGAAUCCUCGUCAAGUGAAGAUGAUGGUGAAAUUCAAAAUGCCUUUGAUGAAUUCAUUUCUCAGAAUCAUCUUAGUGAGGCUCAAAGUUUAUCUAAUGAUGACAACAGUGUGGAAGCAUCUAUGCAAGGACCAGAAAGUCCACCAGGAGUUAAGUUGCCUCCGUCUCAAGAACCAGCCUGCUCUGUUCAAUGCAUAUCAGAAGACGAAUCUUCUUCAUCAAGUGAUGAUGAUAUUGAAGUUCAAAAUGCCUUUGAUGCAUUUAUUGCUCAGAAUCAUCUAAUUCAGCCUCAAAGUUUAUCCAAUGACUAUAAAAGCAUAGAAGCAGAUAUGGAAGAACAAGAAAAUACACGAGCUAAUCAUCCUCCGUCUGAAGAACCAGCUAGCUCAUCUCAAUGCAUACCAGAAGAAGAUCAAUCUACCACACGUGAGGAUAACCCUGAAGCUCCAAAUGCCUUCGAUGAAUUCAUUACACAGAAUAAUCCCUGUCCAGAUAAAACAGGUGCAAAUGAUAACGAGAAUACUAAGAUGAAUGAGAAAACAACAGCAGUUGAGAAAAAUCAUGAAGAAACAAACAAUGAAUCUUCCAAGUGCUCAGAGCAAUAUGAAGUAGAAGAAGAUAAACUUCCCGAGACUCCUAGAUCUGUAGAUGGCCUUCAGUACCUGCUUAAAAGAGAACCAGUACCAGAUGAUUCUAUGGAUGGUAUUGUUGCAAGUGAGGUAGAAUGUGGCGAUCCAGCAUCAACAAUUGAUCGGCUAAAAACGGUUAUAAAAGCUGAAAGAAGGGCCCUAACAGCUGUAUAUCAAGAACUAGAAGAAGAGAGAAGUGCAUCAGCAAUAGCAGCAAACCAGACAAUGGCAAUGAUUACAAGGCUGCAGGAAGAAAAAGCAGCAAUGCAGAUGGAAGCAUUGCAAUACCAGAGAAUGAUGGAAGAACAAUCAGAGUAUGAUCAGGAAGCUUUACAGCUUUUGAAUGAGUUGAUGAUGAAAAGGGAGAAAGAGAAGCAAGAACUUGAGAGGGAGUUGGAAGAGUACAGGCAGAAGGUAGUGGAAUAUGAAGCAAAAGAGAAACUGAGAGUGCUGAGAAGAAUGAAAGAUGGAAGUGUAAGAAGUAGAGACUCCUCUUCUUCUUGCAGCAACAUGAACUACAGUGAUGAUGUAUCCAUUGAUCUUAAUCGCGAGGUUCGCGACGAAGAUAAUAAUGUUUUAUUAAGCAGCCACAAUAAUGCAUCUGAAGAAACAGUUUCUAAUUUGGAGGAGAUGGCACUAGACUGUGUAAAGCAUGUGAGUAAUCUUGAUGAGACAUUAGCAGAAUUUGAGGAAGAAAGAGCUUCCAUUCUAGAACAGCUGAAAGCAUUAGAGGAAAAAAUUAUUUCGUUGGGAGAUAACGAGGAACUCCUUGAUGAUAUCAAAUUGAUUGAGCAUUCAUCAAUAUUGCAUGGUGGUGACAGAGACUUGAGUGAGAAUGGAUAUUUGAAUGGGUUUUCAGAUGAUAAACACUCUCCAAUAGGUUCCUUGGCGAAGAAGCUACUGCCAUAUUUAGAUGCAGCUGAAAAUGAGACUGAGGAAGAAGCUUACACAGUUGAGAGAGAAAUGGAGUCUGAAUCCUCUGAUUUGCGAAACUCAGUUACUGUGCUUGAAAUGGAUAGCAUGAAGACGUCGAUUGAAGAGGAGGUUGAUCGCGUUUAUGAGAGGCUACAAGCUCUUGAAACAGAUAAGGAGUUUCUGCAACACUGCAUGGGUUCCAUACAAAAUGGUGGAGAGAAAGGAGUGGAUUUGCUUCAAGAAAUCUUACAGCAUCUUCGUGAUCUUAAGGAUGUGGAACUCCGCCUCAAGACCUUGGGAAAUGAUCCACUAUAGUUGUUAUUGCAAUCACCAACCAAAACAUGCAGCCAUAAGAUGUUGUUGCUUCAUGAUGAAUGUCCAGGUUUAGGGUUUGUGAGAAGCCAUUGCUCACUCUGCACUGUGUAGACCUACCUUAACCAAAUUUUGUUGGAAAAAGUCAGAAAAUUUCUCCAAUGGAGGGAGGAAUUUCUGGUAUGAAAUGAUGGUUUGUUAAUUUGGUAAGAAGAGAGUUGAAGUCUGUUCAUACAUAAGGUGUCAGCUUGAUGGGCUAUCUGCAAAAAGUUGUGUGGCCCAAAAUUUUGCAGGACUAAGGAGAACAUCAUUUGGUCUCCUCAACUUGGUCCUAUUUCUCAAUACAUCACAUCUGCAUAUUUUGUUUUUCUUUCAUUUCCUUACCCUAUUUUAGGUUUAUUAGGUGGGAGAAGGAAAGUAGUGAUGUUGUAGGUGAAGAAUGGGGUGUUCAAAGUUUGGGUUUGUAAACUUCAAAGCAAAAUCAUGUAUCCAGCAUGAUGUAUAAUCUGUAUCUAUUUCUUAUGUUGUUUAUGGUUUAUUUAUUUAUUUUUUUGGUGUA